AUGGCUACUACAUUGGUAUCGUUGAACCCUUGGAAAAGGGCCUUUUUUCUAUUCCCGAUAAACAAAACCCAAAUCCUCACGAUCACAACACACCGUCACUGCAAUUCACCACUCUCAACGACGAACAUGAACGACCCUGUUGUUGUCUCCUUACAAGAAUGGCAGGGCUGGGGCACCACGUCGCCAGUCCCUGCUAUGGUUACCCAAAUCGCCGAGGAUUUGAAGCUUCUAGAGAAAGAUUUCGAUUCUCAGAUGAAGUUUGGCCGCUCCGGUGGAAAGUUGCAGGGGAGUUUUGGACAGCAAGAAGAUAAGAAACACCGUGCAACUUAUAAGGCUUUGCCUGAUUCUGAAGCAAAGCUCAAAUUUUAUUCUGCUAGACAAAUAGCUUGUCGUGUAAUUGGUAGCAAGGGUUACCUUUGUCAAAAGUGCUGGCUUGCUAUGGAAGAUUGUAUGUGUUCACAAAUUACAUCCUGCCCGCUCUUUCCUGGAAUAAAGUUUUGGUUGUAUAUGCAUCCCAAGGAUUUUUUACGACAGAACAACACUGGAAAGCUUUUGUGGCAAGUUUUUGGUGUUGAUGCUGCAACUUUGUGCCUUUUUGGCAUUCCUGAACAUGAACAAAUCAUGUGGGAUUCCUUUAAACUGGCAGGAAGAUGUAAUGUGUGGUGCCUUUAUCCUAACAAGAAUGCUAUCUUGGAAUCAGUUGAAAAUGCAUUUAGUCAGGAAUCAGUUUCAAAUAAUGAAGUAACAUCAAAAAAGCAGGUAAAAGUAGAUGCAACUCAACAUUUUAUUUUGAUUGAUGGGACAUGGAGCAAUUCAGCAGCAAUGUUUAGGCGCCUACAGGAUCAAGCAAAGUCAAUUUGGGGAGAUGAGGACCUUUCUUGUAUAUCCCUAAAUCCUGGUACUUCUGCUAUGCACAAACUUAGGCCUCAACCAUCUUGGGAUCGUACUUGUACAGCAGCAGCCGCUGCUGGCCUGCUCUCGGAACUCCAACUUCUUCCAAGAUUUAGCUCGGUUGGAUUGGAUCAACAGUCAGAAGCAGUAGAACAUGCUUUAACAGUCCUAUUAGAAGCCCUCACGAAGAGACGACUUCGAAUGGGAAGGUCCAUAACAAGAAAAGUAAGGCCAAAUAACAUCUGUUAG